AUGGCCGACGAGGAAAUGCAGGACGCGCCGCCGUCACCACAGAAUGACGGGCAAAGCAAGAAUGGCUUCAGCGGGGAGACCAAGACACAGCACAACGCAGCGGCGGUGCGCAGUAUCGAAGGAUGGAUCAUCAUUGUCACGAACGUGCACGAGGAGGCGUCAGAAGAAGACAUCCAGGACAUGUUUGGCGAGUACGGCGAAAUCAAGAAUCUGCACAUGAAUUUGGACCGCAGAACAGGAUAUGUCAAGGGCUACGUCUUGAUCGAGUAUCCUACUGUGCAAGAAGCAAAAGCCGCAAUCGAGGGCGCGAACGGCGAGCAGCUGCUCGAGCAGACCAUCCACGUAGACUUCGCUUUCGUACGACCUCCCCCGACGAAGAGCAACUCAGCGCCGAAAGGUGGCAGGAAGGGCGGCAGAGAUCGCAGCGCAAGUCCCGGU